AAACUGGGCUUUUUGUAGAAGAAACGUCUUUCUUCCCUCCUCCUCCGUCUACCUUCCUCCUCGUCCACCACGACGCUCCUCCAACUCGACGGCGACGGUGGAACCAUGAAUCCACCGGAUAACAACCAAGACUAUGCUCCGUCUCUACCUCACUCUCAGCUCCCCACUCCUCCUCCACAAUCGAACUCAAAUCCCAACCCAGACCCAACCUCAAUCUCAAUCUCCAACCCUAGCUUCGAGCAAAUGGUCUCCUUCUCCGCUCCAAAGAAGCGAAGAAGAGGCCGAUCUCAGCGCUCAACGUCGUCGUUUCACACUCUCCCCAACCCCGGAGGAAUCCUCCCCAACAUAGACGCCGCCCCGAGAUCAACAAACCCUGGGAUAGGCGACGAGAUCAUCACGAUCAACAAGGACGCCACGACGGAGGCUCUCCUCGCCCUCACGGCCGGCUUCCCAGCCGAUUCCCUCACCGAGGAGGAGAUCGACUUCGGCGUGGUCCCCGUCGUCGGAGGAAUCGAACAAGUCAACUACAUUUUAAUCAGAAACCAUAUCAUAUCCAAAUGGAGAGAGAAUAUCUCCAGCUGGAUCGCGAAGGAAUCUUUUCUAGAUUCGAUUCCUAACCACUGCAUAAGUCUGUUAGACUCUGCUUACGACUACUUGGUUCUACACGGUUACAUCAACUUCGGUAUAUCCCAAGCGGUUAAAGACAAGGUUCCUCCUACUCAGCAGCAGCAAAGCAAGCCUAGUGUGGUUAUAGUGGGAGCUGGUUUGUCCGGUUUAGCCGCGGCGAGGCAGUUACUGAGGUUCGGGUUUAAAGUAACCGUUUUGGAAGGUAGGAAGCGGCCUGGCGGGAGGGUUUAUACUAAAAGGAUGGAAGGGAAUAGAGUGGAGGCGGCGGCGGAUUUGGGAGGGAGUGUUUUGACCGGGACGUUAGGGAAUCCGUUAGGGAUUAUAGCGAGGCAGUUAGGUUGUUCUCUCUAUAAAGUAAGAGAUAAAUGUCCUCUUUAUCGAGUUGAUGGUAAGCCGGUUGAUCCGGAUUUGGAUAUGAAGGUGGAAGGAGCUUUUAACCGGCUUUUGGAUAAGGCUAGUAAGCUUAGGCAGCUGAUGGGUGAUGUUUCGAUGGAUGUGUCACUUGGUGCGGCGCUGGAGACGUUCAGGCAGGUUUAUGGGGAUGCUACUGAGGAGAUGAGUUUGUUUAAUUGGCAUCUUGCUAACUUGGAGUAUGCGAAUGCGGGUUUGGUGUCUAAGCUCUCUCUUGCGUUCUGGGAUCAAGAUGAUCCUUACGAUAUGGGUGGGGAUCAUUGCUUUUUGCCUGGAGGGAAUGGGAGGCUGGUUCAUGCUUUGGCGGAGAAUGUACCGAUCUUGUAUGAGAAGACUGUUCAGACGAUCAGAUACGGUGCGGAUGGUGUGAAGGUAACCGCUGGACAUCAAGUGUAUGAAGGUGAUAUGGUGUUGUGUACAGUUCCCCUUGGUGUUCUUAAGAACGGAUCCAUCAAAUUUGUGCCGGAGUUGCCUCAGAGGAAGCUUGAUUGUAUAAAGAGGCUAGGUUUUGGGUUGUUGAAUAAAGUUGCGAUGCUGUUUCCGUUUGUGUUUUGGGGCACGGAUCUCGAUACCUUUGGACAUCUUACUGAGGAUCCAGCCAAUAGAGGUGAGUUCUUUCUCUUCUAUAGCUAUGCACAAGUUGCAGGUGGUCCUCUGUUGAUUGCGUUGGUUGCGGGAGAAGCUGCUCAUAAGUUUGAGACAAUGCCGCCCACUGAUGCAGUGACUCGUGUUCUUCAGAUUCUUAGGGGUAUGUAUGAGCCACAAGGAAUAAAUGUUCCUGAUCCAAUUCAAACGGUCUGCACCAGAUGGGGAGGGGAUCCAUUCAGUUUCGGAUCUUACUCCAACGUUGCAGUGGGAGCUUCAGGUGAUGACUACGACAUAUUAGCAGAAAGUGUUGGAGAUGGGAGGCUUUUCUUUGCCGGGGAAGCCACGACAAGGCGGUACCCUGCAACCAUGCACGGAGCUUUCGUCACUGGUCUGCGAGAAGCUGCUAACAUGGCUCAAUCCGCAAAGUCCCGGGGCAUAAGGAAGAGAAUCGAUAGGAACCCUUCAAAGAACCCUCACGCUUGCGCUACCCUUCUUGCAGAUUUGUUCAGGGACCCUGAUCUGGAGUUUGGGAGUUUCUCCAUUAUCUUUAGUCGGAGGAAUCCAGACCCAAAGUCUCCUGCGAUUUUGAGGGUAACGCUGAGCGAGCCUUGUAAGAGGAACGACGACCCAGUAGCGGAUCAGUACUCGAACAAGAUACUGUUUCAGCAGCUCCAGUCUCAUUUCAAUCAGCAGCAACAGAUUCAGGUGUAUACGUUGUUGACUAGACAGCAGGCUCUUGAUUUGAGAGAAGUCAGAGGUGGUGAUGAAAAGAGGCUUUACUAUCUAUGCGAGACACUUGGAGUGAAGCUUGUGGGAAGAAAAGGUCUAGGAAUCGGAGCUGAUUCUGUCAUUGCUUCUAUUAAAGCUGAGCGAACCGGUCGCAAGCCAGCAUUGUCAUCUUCAGGCACAAAAUCUGGUAUGUUAAAGGUUAAAUCGGGUGCAUUGAAGCGGAAGCUGAUCAGAAGGAUUAAAGGACCGGUGCCACUGAAUCAAAACAACAAUGGUGACUCGGAGACUGUGAAACAUGAGUCGUUAGGUAAUGGCAAAGCCUCUGUGCAAGCGACAAUAGCAGAUACUAUACGAAGCAGUAGCACGCAAGAGGAAAAUAAAUGGUUGGGCACAGGAGUUGCGUCAAGUUCUGGUGGUUCCUUACAUGGAGAGACGGUGAAAAAAUGACGGAAUGAAUGAACAACCCCCACUCAAGCAAAUGAGUUUGAUGAAGACAAGAACAAAUGUAGUUCUGGUCUCAACUCCGACCCAAGCCAGGCAACUUGAAGAGAGGCCAUCAGGUGCAGAGUUCACUAGACGAUGAUGAAUGAAUGAUCUGUGACUUACCACUUUCAAAAGCCUCAGGAGAGUUCAUCCCACUUCUUAUUUUAUUUGGAGUCUCCUCUCUCUCUCUCUUUUGAUUGUAACUUUAUGUUAGCAGACAAAUACUGACUAUUAAUCCACGUAUGUAGUGUUUGUAAUGUACACGAAGACUAAUAAAAUGACUAAGAUUAUCUC